AGGAAGCUACUGUUGUACGCCACCACAGCACACUUGCAGCAGAACGGAGCAGCAGAUCUGGGCAGGAAGCGGAUAGAGACCGAAGGAUGGGUCGUCAGCUCCUGGCCUUCUGCCUGGCGAUGAUCGGUUUCCUGGGCACGGGGCUGAUCUGCGCGCUGCCCAUGUGGAAGGUGACGGCCUUUGUGGGCGCCAACAUCGUGACGUCACAGGUCUUCUGGGAGGGCCUGUGGAUGAACUGCGUGCUGCAGAGCACGGGCCAGAUGCAGUGCAAGGCCUACGACUCGCUGCUCGCCCUGCCCCAGGACCUGCAGGCCUCCAGAGCCCUGGUCUGCGUCUCCCUCGCCGUGUCCGCGGUGGCCAUAUGCCUGACCCUGCUCGGCGUCGAGUGCACCAACUUCUUCCGGCACGACCGCGUGACCAAGGACCAGCUGGGGCUGUCGGCCGGCAUAGUCUUCAUGGUGGCCGGCGUGCUGUGCAUCGUGCCGGUCAGCUGGACGGCGCACGUCAUCAUCACGGAGUUCUACAACCCGCUGGCCACGGAGGGGCGCCGCGGCGAACUGGGCGCGUCCGUCUAUGUGGGAUGGGUGUCGGGGUUCCUGCUCUUCCUGGGCGGAGGGCUGUUCUGCAGCACCUACUCACACAGGUGUUGCUGAGCCAAUUAACCAUCUGGCCUACAGAUCAUAACGGACAAUUAAGCAAUAUGACGCGAGAGGGAGAGGGAGGGAGGGAGAGGGAGGGAGGAUGGACAGACGGACGGACAUUCUCCAGGGUGUGGUUCAGCCCUAGGCUCCAAACCAAAGGCUGAAAGUAGAAAAUGGCCUGUAGAACGUGUCUCGUCCAAUCAAAUAUCCCACAAUUUAUUGGCCGGAUCUAACUGUAUUGUAUAUUGAUCUACAUCUACUCACACACACAGGUGUUUUCGAACACCUGAACAACUGCCAACAGACUAAAACAGACAAUAGCCUACAGAAUUGGGACUCUACGCACCAUCCCUCACUCAGCUUGCAGGUGCAUCACAGUGGGACAGACAUCAUUGGAAAGGAGAAGCUGCAGUUUAGUUUUCAAGACUUUAUUUUGUGCAAACACCUGACUAGCGUUUCGGUGUUGCUACACCUUCUUCAGAGUCAAGAAGGUGUAGCAAAUCUGAAGAAGGUGUAUCAACACAGAAACACCAGGAUACUCCUGAGAAGCUGACUGGUAGCCUGAUUAUCAUCGACUUUCAAAUCUCUUCGAGACUUGGUCUGACCAAGAGCAUAACAAUUUAAAUUUCCCAAACGGCAUGGUUGACCUGACUCCCUUGAGUUUGCUACUGGUUGUUUGCUUACUGACAAAGUGGGAGGAGUUCCCGAUUUUUUGGGAGAUCAGAAACAAUAUUUACACUGCUCUUGGCCUGACUAGAAGCAGCACCGAAGGUGUUGCAUCACUAGGAGGGCAUUGCCUGGCUACUGCUGCUGUGGAUCAGAGCCAAAAGUCUGCAAGCAUCUGUGUCAACAUCUAAUAUGUGCCACAACCUCUGAAGGCAGAGGUCAGAAUGACUCGGAUACCAAAGCCUCUAUGAUGGUGCUGAUGCAGGUAAAGCUGAUGCUGGUCGGCAUGGAAACAGCACACUCAUCAUAAAGAUGGCUCCCCACCGUCCGGGAAAUGAAGGAUGGCUGCAGGUGACAUGGCUGUCAGCUCAAAAAGGACAAUUCUUACAUUGCUCAUUAAUCUACUAUGAAUUUUAUGUUGGAAUUUGACAAGACAAGAUAAAGCACUAUUUCUUCAUUCAGGGCUAAAAUGUACCAUGAUACAGUUUACUGUGAAGACUGAUGGGGGGCGGGGGGCCUGAUGUUCACUACAUAAUCAAACAUGGAAGAAACAAUGUCGCAAACAUGUAGUCUUUCACAUACAGUAUGAUGUUUACACAACUUGACUGUAACAUUGUUUGUACUUUUUGUGUGUAGGCCUAUAGUUUUUUUUUCUCUAGUGCUUACUCUAACUUUGAAUCAUGUUGCCAAAGUGCCACCGGCUGUUUAGCAGGGUCCAGAUUCUGCUCGUAGAGUCCAGUACAUGAUUCACACUUUUUUCCCCUUAAUUUUUAGCCAUAAGUGCCUUUUUGCUCAAAGGUUUAUAUGAAGUCAAAUGUGUAUAUGAAGUUAAGUGUGUCUUUUAUUGAUGUGAACUUGAAAAUGAAUGUAUUUCUACAUUUCUAAAUCAUUUGCACCUUUUUAAAUAUGUAUCUAUGUAUGUAUUUUUUCAACUUCAUGUAAGUAAUUAGCAAAUGCAGUUGUAAGCAGAAAUAAAAUCUUUUUUUAGGACCUCAUCAAAUGUUUGUGUGAAUAGUUUUUCAUUUUUUCCCAACAACUCUCGUGUCUUGCGCCAGGCAGAUAUCCCUGGACUUAACAAUUAU